UCCACUUCUUCCAAGAUGUUUGUUGCCCACCACCUAGUCUCCCUUCUUUAACAUCUGCUCUUACAAACCUCAUCAUCUCCUUCAACCAUUAUCAACUAUCUUUUCUUCUUACUUUCUCAUAGCAAAGAUGCAUUUUUUUUCAUCUUAUGUUUUAGUGUGUUUUUGGGUGCAUUGCUUUGCACCCAUGGUGUUGUCCAUCAAUUUAGUUGAUGAGUUUGCUCUUAUUGCCUUGAAAGCCCAUAUUACAUAUGAUUCCCAAGGUAUUUUGGCAACAAAUUGGUCUACCAAAAGCCCCCACUGUAGUUGGAUUGGAAUUUCUUGCAACGCUCCUCAACAAAGUGUUUCUGCAAUCAACCUUUCUAACAUGGGUCUUGAAGGAACUAUUGCGCCACAAGUCGGCAACCUCUCCUUUCUUGUUUCCCUUGAUCUUAGUGAUAACUACUUUCAUGGAUCUCUUCCUAAGGAUAUUGGUAAGUGCAAGGAGCUUCAACAGCUGAAUUUAUUUAAUAAUAAAUUGGUUGGAGGCAUUCCAGAAGCCAUUUGUAAUUUAUCAAAACUUGAAGAGCUAUAUCUUGGGAAUAAUCAGUUGAUUGGUGAAAUUCCAAAGAAAAUGAAUCAUCUUCAGAAUCUGAAGGUAUUGUCAUUCCCAAUGAACAACUUAACAGGUUCCAUACCGGCCACCAUUUUCAACAUAUCUUCUUUGCUCAAUAUUAGUCUCUCCAAUAAUAACCUCUCUGGGAGUCUUCCCAUGGAUAUGUGCUACGCCAAUCCAAAGCUCAAGGAGCUUAAUCUUUCAUCAAAUCAUUUGAGUGGAAAGAUCCCCACUGGUUUAGGCCAAUGUAUACAGCUUCAAGUAAUUUCCUUAGCAUAUAAUGAUUUCACGGGAAGCAUACCAAGUGGAAUCGAUAACUUGGUGGAGCUUCAGAGAUUGUCUCUACAGAAUAACAGCUUCACAGGUACACUUUUUCUUUCAUCUAUUUUUUUUUUCCUUUUUAUUCUCUCACUUUCCCUCAAGCUUUUAAAGAUAUAAGCAAAGCGUUAUUGUUUGCCGAAAUUUUCAAUGUCUCUUCAUUGCAAGUGAUUGCUUUCACUGAUAAUAGCCUUUCUGGGAGUCUUCCAAAGGAUAUCUGUAAACAUCUUCCCAAUCUCCAAGGGCUCUCUCUUUCUCAGAAUCAUCUCAGUGGUCAACUUCCUACAACUCUAUCCUUAUGUGGAGAGCUCCUGUUCCUGUCACUAUCAUUCAAUAAAUUCAGAGGAAGCAUACCAAAAGAAAUUGGCAACUUAUCAAAGCUUGAAGAGAUCUAUCUAGGCACAAAUAGCCUCAUAGGUUCCAUUCCAACUUCAUUUGGUAAUUUGAAGGCCUUAAAAUUUCUUAAUUUGGGGAUAAACAAUCUUACGGGGACGGUACCAGAAGCUAUUUUUAACAUCUCUAAACUACAGUCCCUUGCGAUGGUGAAAAAUCACCUUUCAGGCAGUCUCCCAUCAAGUAUUGGCACCUGGCUCCCGGAUCUUGAAGGGCUUUUUAUAGCAGGCAAUGAAUUCAGUGGAAUAAUUCCAAUGUCUAUUUCAAAUAUGUCAAAACUUACCGUGCUAGGUUUAUCAGCUAACUCCUUCACUGGUAAUGUGCCAAAAGAUCUCGGUAACCUGACAAAGCUUAAAGUUCUCGACCUUGCAGGCAAUCAAUUGACUGAUGAACACGUAGCCUCUGAGGUUGGUUUUCUUACUUCUUUGACAAAUUGCAAAUUUUUGAAAAAUUUGUGGAUAGGAAAUAUUCCUUUCAAAGGUACUCUUCCAAAUUCACUAGGGAAUCUUCCCAUUGCUCUUGAAAGUUUUAUUGCAUCAGCCUGCCAAUUCAGAGGAACCAUUCCCACAGGAAUUGGUAAUUUGACCAAUUUGAUACGGCUGGACUUGGGAGCUAAUGACUUGACAGGGUCAAUUCCAACUACAUUGGGACAGCUACAGAAGCUUCAGUGGUUGUACAUUGCUGGAAAUAGAAUACGAGGAUCCAUUCCAAAUGAUCUUUGUCAUUUGAAGGACUUGGGAUACUUGUUUUUGAGUUCUAACAAACUGUCUGGAUCAAUCCCAAGUUGUUUUGGAGAUCUUCUUGCGCUACAAGAACUCUUUCUUGACUCCAAUGUGUUAGCUUUCAACAUUCCUACAUCCUUGUGGAGCCUUAGAGAUCUAUUGGCCCUUAACUUGUCUUCAAAUUUCCUAACUGGUAAUCUACCUCCCGAAGUUGGAAACAUGAAGUCCAUUACAACAUUGGACCUGUCAAAGAACCUAGUUUCAGGUUACAUUCCAAGCAAGAUGGGAAAACUACAAAGUUUGAUUACACUCUCCUUGUCCCAAAACAGACUACAAGGCCCAAUACCUAUAGAAUUUGGUGAUUUGGUAAGCUUAGAAUCCUUGGAUCUAUCCCAGAACAAUUUAUCCGGAACCAUUCCCAAGUCAUUGGAGGCCCUUAUUUAUCUCAAGUAUCUAAAUGUUUCUUUGAAUAAACUACAAGGAGAAAUUCCGAAUGGAGGACCUUUCAUAAAUUUCACUGCUGAAUCGUUCAUGUUCAAUGAAGCCUUAUGUGGAGCACCUCAUUUUCAAGUCAUGGCAUGUGAUAAAAACAACCGCACUCAAUCAUGGAAGACAAAGUCAUUCAUCUUAAAAUAUAUUCUAUUACCAGUCGGAUCAAUAGUAACUUUAGUGGUUUUCAUUGUUCUGUGGAUACGUAGACGAGAUAACAUGGAAAUACCAACUCCAAUUGAUUCAUGGCUCCCUGGAACACAUGAAAAGAUUUCACACCAGCAGCUUCUUUAUGCAACAAACGACUUUGGUGAAGACAAUUUGAUUGGGAAAGGAAGCCAGGGCAUGGUAUAUAAAGGGGUAUUAUCUAAUGGCUUGACUGUUGCUAUAAAGGUUUUCAAUUUAGAAUUCCAAGGAGCCUUGAGGAGUUUCGAUUCAGAAUGUGAAGUGAUGCAAGGGAUUCGCCACCGAAAUCUUGUCAGGAUAAUUACCUGUUGCUCAAACCUCGAUUUCAAAGCGUUGGUGCUCGAAUAUAUGCCUAAUGGAAGUCUUGAGAAGUGGCUGUAUUCCCACAACUAUUUUUUGGAUCUCAUCCAAAGAUUAAACAUUAUGAUAGAUGUAGCAUCAGCAUUAGAGUACCUUCAUCAUGAUUGUUCGAGCCUUGUGGUGCAUUGUGACUUGAAGCCCAGUAAUGUUUUGUUAGAUGACGAUAUGGUUGCUCAUGUGGCCGAUUUUGGGAUCGCAAAACUCUUGACUAAAACAGAGUCUAUGCAGCAAACAAAGACCUUAGGCACAAUAGGCUAUAUGGCACCAGAGCAUGGCUCAGAUGGGAUAGUAUCCACAAAGAGCGAUGUUUAUAGCUAUGGGAUCUUGUUGAUGGAAGUAUUUUCAAGGAAGAAGCCUAUGGAUGAAAUGUUCACUGGGGGUCUAACCUUGAAGACUUGGGUAGAGUCAUUAUCCAAUUCAGUGAUACAGGUUGUUGAUGCCAAUCUAUUGAGAAGAGAGGAUGAAGACCUUGCCACAAAGCUAAGUUGUUUGUCCUCCAUUAUGGCUUUAGCUUUGGCAUGUACAACCAAUUCACCUGAGAAGAGGCUCAACAUGAAAGACGCGGUAGUUGAACUCAAGAAGAGCAAAAUGAAACUGUUGAUGUAAGGAUUAUUUCAAAAGAUGGGAUGGAACUUAACAACAUCAAAUUGUUACACAACAGUUGUUGUCAAUAGUUCAAAGGAAGCCAAAAGUGGGAAGUCGAAGUUGGUUAAGAGUACACAAAGCAAUAUCCCAGGCACUAUUAAGUAUAUGUCAUGGGUCUAGAUGUUUAAUUUCUUUGGUAUUUUCCACAUGACAACCAAAUGUGAAAAAAUCAUUUGUCUUAGCAUUCUUUUUUCUUUAAUGCUUUUUGAGAACCAAACAUAAGCUAAGGGAUUUGUGGUGAUAGAUUAUCUUAGAAUAAUUUUCAGAUGAUUGAAUGACCAUGAAAAUCAUGGUAUUA